AUGAGCACUCAUGUCUCCAAGUACAGCGCCAGCAAGCACACUCCUGUCUUCUAUGGUCUCCUGGCAGCUAAGGUAAGGCGGCCAACUAUAAUUGCACUUGAGUAAAUACAAUUCAUUUGUAAAAAACAAACAAACAAAAAAAACGAUAUGUUUGUCUAAAUGGUGCUGUAUGGCUUUCUAGGUUGCUGUGGAUGAUGACCCUGUGAAACAUUUUGACCCUCUUCUGAGCCACCCUGCCCUUGCUGGAUACUCUGCCUUGGACAAACCUCCAUCCUCCUGUCGCAGACAGCCUCUGACCACACACCCUGCAUCCACUCCCCAGCUCCAUCAACGUGAGUUUCAAACUUAAAACUGUAGCUUCUUUGUAUGUGCUAAACAUACUAUGGCCUCUGCCAAGAGGUCUCAAAGUUUAUGGCACAGGAAGUAGGCUAGUGUCCUGUAGCCUCAGUGUUUCUGGUGCAAGACCCGAUAAUGCUCUUCCCCCUCAAUCCCUACACAUAAUCUAUGCUUUUAUCAGGAACAAUACUUUCUUGCUUAAUUAACACUCUAAGCACAGUAGAGGAUAACAAUGUUUCAAGUCUGUCUCGAUUUUACUCCCCAAUAAUAGUACCAUAACAGUGUUUUAGGCUACAUUUGGAGUGAGAUGUUCCCUUGCAUGGCAGAAAGGCCACUCUUCCCCCACUUGUGUUGAUCCAUUCCCAUGUCUGCCCCAGGCCCAAUCACCCAGUUCCUGGAGGGGUCCGUGUUCCCAGUGCUACUGCCUGGACUGGAGGCCAUGCUGAGAGAGGCCCAGAGACAACACUGCCUGGAGGUACUGGCACUAGGUCUAUGUCACACAAUAACACUAACAUGAUAUAAUGGACAUUUACUAGACAUCAAUGUGGCCCUGCAGAACACUACAGACCACCAAACUACAAUACACUACAGUAUUUUAAUAGUUUGCUUCCUGUAACAGUACUACAUAAAACAACUGUCUCUAACAUGUGAUGAAUACCAACACCCAAAACUAGUACUAGGACUUAUUUAAUCCCACUUCAAGCACUGAUUAUACUAUGAUCAUGAUGAUUAUACUGUAGCCUACUUCUGUAGAGCUCUGCAGAUUAUUACACCACAGUAACACUGUGAUCCUUUUACCUGUUUUAGAGGAAAAUAACAGCAUUCAACGCUUGUGACUUCCUAACUGAGUGGCUGUAUAAGUAAGAAUGCCUGCCUGCCUGCCUGCCUGCCUGCCUGUCUGCCUGCCUGCCCUCUUUGCUCUCUUCCAUUCUCAGUUGAUUUAGUAAAAAGCUUUGACAAUGUCUCUGAACUUUCUGCCACCUCUUUGUCUUCUGAGUGCUAAGCCAUUGCUUUUAACAUUUAAAAAUUUUUUUUUUUUCUGUCUCUAAAAAUGGAUUGGUGUUACGCAACUAUGACUGUAGUUUGUCUUUGUGUGAAACUAAGCUCAAUCUUCUGUCUGCUACUGUCGGUUCCAAAGCCUUUUCUUCUCUCCCACUGUAGUCGGAACCCCCGCCGGCAGGGACAGGCCCCUGUGGACUUCCAUGAGAUCCCAUUCGUCAAGGACUGGCUCAGGAUACAGUGAGUUGCAGGAGACUUAAUAAAGUGUAGACGCAAACACAAACAGAGCAAGAAGGUCAUCUCAGAAAUCACACAUAUUAUGUAUGCAUGUACACACACACACACACACACACACACACACACACACACAGUAACACAAACUUGCACCUUAGGCUGAUGCUGCCCUUAUGAACAGAGGUGACUCACACGCUGCCCUCUCCUCUCUCCAUCCCCCCCUCUCUUCCCUCUCCCAGUCCCAGGCCUCCCAUCCCUCUCUCCCUACUGCUGUCAGACCAGCAGGCUGCUGUUCUCCUCCAGUCCUUCUGGCGGGGCAAUAAGGUGAGUGUUGUUGACAGUAAAUUAAAGGUCACUGUUAUUUUAGAUGAGAAAUAGUCUUAUACCAUUUUUACGUAUGGGUGGUCCUCUGUAGCUCAAUUGGUAGAGCAUGGCGCUUGUAAUAGGGCGGCAGGUAGCUUAGUGGGUAAGAGCGUUGUGCCAGUAACCGAAAGGUCGCUGGUUCUAAUCCCUGAGCCCGACUAGGUGAAAAAUCUGUCGGUGCCCUUGAGCAAGGCACUUAACCCUAAUUGCUCCUCUAAGUCGUUCUGGAUAAGAGCGUCUGCUAAAUGACUUAAAUGUAAAUGUAACGCCAGGGUAGUGGGUUCGAUCCCCGGGACUACCCAUACGUAAAAAUGUAUGCAUACAUGACUGUAAGUCGCUUUGGAUAAAAGUGUCUGCUAAAUGGCCUAUUAUGUAAGUCGCUCUGGAUAAGAGCGUCUGCUAAAUGUAAAUAUUAUAUUAUAUAUUAUAUUAAAGGGUGUCAGUGCACAGUGUGUAAAGGGUUAAAUGCUCUACUGUCCCCUAUUUUGGUGUGUGUUAGUGUGUGUGCGCGCACACGCUUAUGUGCGUUAUUUUACGUGCGUGCAUGUGUGUGUAUUAUUGUGUUCAGGCGUGUGCAUUUGCAGGAGCUGGCCAGUGCCCCAUAUGAAACAAACAUAUUGUGCAAUCCCAUUAUUUUCUGGGUACAGCGUGAUUAUGUCAUCAGUGAUGUGCUGCCUAAUUCCUUCCUGUGUGGGUGUUCUUGAGUGCUCUGUUGUGGAUAAAUAUAGACACUAAUGCUGUAAUUCGCUCUGGAUAAGAGUGUCUCAUAAAUGACAAAAAAUGUAAAUACACACACACAAACACACUUCUAAUCAGACAAGUCUCUGUCUGUCUCGUCUAUCUACUAGACACUGUUGUUGUUGUCUGUUUAUGUGUGUAUGUUUUUACACACACACAAACACACACAAACACCAAAACAGCCCCUUUUCUUCUCUUGUGUUAUCUCGUGCUGUAUUUGGUUGUCAUUCCUCUCCUCAACAAGAGGUGGCGGUAGUGAGUCGGUCCUCUCUCAUUGACUCCCUGUGUUUAUCCUGCUCUGACUGAAGUGAGGUUCAAUAGGGCGAGGGAUAGCACUGCAGACUCUCCCCUCUAGAAGUUUAGGGAGGGAGUGGAGAGAGACGGCUAGGAAAGCACUGCUAAAAGGCUUUUUCAGGGAUGAUCAGAGAGGGAGAGAAGGAGAGGAACACUGUUAGUGCUGUUUUGGAGGCUUGGGCCAGCCCAGGACUGGGGCUGAGGGGCUGGCUGUUUGAUGGACAGCCAUGUAUGUGUCUAUGGAAGAUGGGAACCUGGGACUAGGUCUUAACUAGGGCAUAGUGGUAAGCCCUCCCAACUCACAUAUACCCCUUGUGGCAGGGGGUCUGAGCCCCAUCUCGGCCACUUCAGUGUCUGAGAUACUACUUUAUGAUACCCCCGCACUGUUCUGUCAAUGAAAUAUAUAUAUAUAUAUAUAUAUAUAUAUAUAUAUAUAUAUAUAUAUAUAUAUAUAUAUAUAUAUAUAAAAUAUGUAUUUUGCAGGCGGCAGUGUUGUGCUGGUGCUGAGGUAUUGGACUGUAUCAAAAGCUGGGGCUUGGAUUGGCUUGGGCUGGGGAGGUAGGACUGUCAUGAUAGGGCUGGUGCUGAAGAGACAUUGGGCUGUGCCCUGAGUGGUUUGUUACCUGGGGCUCAAAGCAGCCACAGCCAGCAGAGCAGAGACAGCAGCAGCAUGUACAAACACAGUCAACUGUGAACUGAGAGAGCUGCCUGUGUGAUGCUCCGAUGCUCUGCACAGUGCCAUCAUGCUUCAGAGGAGUGUGUGUGUGUGGCUCAGCGGGGUGGAAACAGUGUAUGUGAAGCUUUGCAGUAGACGUCAAUACUAUUCUCCUCUGUCGUUCUCACCUCUAUCCCUUUAUCCAUCCUACUCCUUCCUUCCUCUCUCAUUCAAUCCCCCCUACACCAUACUCUCCUAUUCCUCCCUCCCUCCGACUAUCUCUCUCUUUCUCUCUCUCUCACUCACUUGGCUGAGUUAUGUAACCUGCCUGACGCAGCUUUGACUGCAGAGGAGGGGUGUGUGUGUGUGUGUGCAUACGUACGUAUGUAUGUGCAUGUGUGUGUACCCCUCCCUCCCUCACCUCUUUCAUUGACAAUAUGUGUAGUUGUUACCAAAGGAUGAACGGCCGGAUUCAGAAACACACAUUGAUGCCCCACAGCAGCCAGUAUAUCACAGAACACCCAGUCAGACAAUGUUCUUGUCUCUCUGAGCAGCACAGGCAGAUGCUAGGCUGA